UGAAAUACAGUUGAUUUCAUUUCCAUCGUUUUUGUAUGCGGAAAAAUUUAUUAGUUCGGAAUAAAUAUAUCUAGUGUCGUUAGAUGAAGUGUAAUGUGAAUAGUUAUGUCCACCUGCUGUAUUUCGAUUUGUCCGAACAGCAACGUUAACGGAAAAUCUUCGGAAUUAAUCAAUUCCAGUCUCCAGACUUCGGUCACUUUCCAUCAUUUCCCUGAAAAUGAAAUUCAACGUUCGCUGUGGCUGGAUGCAUUGGCCAUUACCAAUCAAACCCGUUUCCGGUGGAAAACAAAACAGGUUUGCUCGAAUCACUUCUUGCCGUCGGAUCUAAUAUCCAAAGAUGAAGGAAUAAUACUAGCCGAGGGAGCAAUUCCAUCCAUUUGUGAUGAUGACGAUACAAUGCAUUUGGUUGAAGACAAUGGAGACUUGCUCAGGAUAUCUCAGCUAACGAAUGAAUUUUGUCGGCUAUGUUUCAAUAAGCAUGCAAAACUGUUUCCUCUAAAUGCGCGAAUUCACAAUUUGGAUCUGGCAGAAAUUAUAUAUUUAGUAAGUGGAGUUCAGAUUCGGGCUAACGAGAAUCUUCCGAAUAAAAUUUGCCCCGGAUGCAUAACUAAGGUUGAUUUCGCCUACAACAUUCGACGAGAGUUUCAGAUGCAUGCAGAAAAGUUACGAAGGUUGUUGAAGGAAAAUAGAUUGAUAAGCUAUUUUGAACGGUAUGAUUCAACUGUAGAUGUGUCGAACGAAAGGAAAGUUAAUUUUGUCAAAAGUAUUAUUCAAAGUAACCGAGAAGCUCUUUCAGAGCAUGGCGUGAUUGAAAUCUCCAAGGAUAACAGUGCUCAUAACACUGUACAAGAAAGAUCCCGUUCAGAUGUCGAUUGUGGGAUGGAGGAACAAUUCGAUAAUGUCGAACACUUGGUCGAGCAUGAUAUGGACGAUCGGGAAGGAUUGGUAAACGAAUGUAUUCUGGCAGCGGAUGACUUGGAGGCUUUCGGAAACAAUGUUUGUAGUAAUGCAAAUUUUCAUCUUGAACGAAACUCUGACGAUGCAAGAAAAGUAAAAAAGUCUACAUCAUCUCCAGAGUUGAUCAAGCAGAAAAAAUCUUCACAAACUUUGAAAAUGCCGGAGCUUGUUCCUAACAAUUGCUACGUAUGCAACCAAGCUUUUACUUCCGCACAGGUGUUAGAAGAACAUCUAACAUCUCACGUAGACAUGCUACCCUACAAAUGCGAACAGUGUAGUAUUGAAACUAAUCCAAUUGUACUAAAAGGAAUGGUGUCUUUAAACCGACACUUGCAAUCCCAUCUGUAUCCUUAUAUUUGCACUCACUGUCCGCAGAGAUUCUGCACGGAAUACGGUCGGUAUUCUCACAUUCGCUGGAUUCAUCGAAACUUCCAGAAAGAUGGGUUUACCUGCGAAUCAUGUGGUAAGGCUUUCGACAAAAAACGAACAUUCUUGGCACACGCAUUGAAGCACCGAGUUCAAACAGAGAAACGGUUUAAGUGCGAGCAGUGCUGCAAAGUAUUCAGUACCAAGGUAUCACUCCAGCGGCACAUUCGAACGCACACCGGCGAGUGUCCUUACGAGUGCCCUUACUGUGGUAAAAGAUUUAAUCAUCAGUACAAUUUCCGACAGCACAAACUACUUCAUUUUUCCGGUCGAAAAUCUUACCACUGCGAACAUUGCCCAAAAGUAUUUGUAAGAUUAACUACUUUAAGACAACAUAUACAGGAACACUUUCUCGGUAGUUCAGAACAAAACACAUUGUCAGAUCCGACGGAACCACAGGAAGCUGCAUUUUUCUGUCAGUUUUGUACCGAACAAUUUGCUGAUGCCGAAUCCAGAAGUGAUCACGAAUAUACGCAGCAUAGUACCCACCAGGAGAUAUUAGAAACGAUCGAGCUAGUGUCGAAAGAGGAGAUCGAACAACUGGUUAGUGCUGGGUUCGAUCUGGAACAAAGGAUGGAACGAAUUGUUGAACCUUUCAAACUAUGAGUAAAUGCACAAAUGAUCUAUUUUUUAGUCCCUUCGAUUAUCUCUUCAAUAAAGAUUUUAGGAAAG